AUGAGAACAACGACGACCAUUACAAGUGUCACUUGUCAGGUCACCCAAGACACACCAAACCAAUCUUUUGUGUCUCCAAGGAUGAAUCCGUUAGUGGAAGAUGCCACAACAACUCCAACACCCUCUUCCACUCAAUCUUCAACACCACUAAACUCAAUGGAUCCAUCCCUUCAUGAGCUUGAGAACACAAUCUCACCUCUUCCACCACCAUCGUCAUCACCUGAAUUGAAAUUUGUUCCAAAUGAAGAAAUUUCUACUCUCAAUAAGCGACAACGUGAACGCAUUCGAAUUCUUCACUUUUUCACAAGCCACAAAUUUACCAUUCUUGUCUACUCGACUUGUAUUUUGAGUGCCAUUGGAUUGUGGUUGUUGUUGGGCUCCAUUGAGGAAGGAAUUUAUAGGAAUUCUCCAACAACAAGGCCAAACAAUGAAAAUCGAAUCAUUGUUCCAGAGGGAGGACUUUUUUUGUUCACUCAUGGAUGUAUUUCAAGAACCAAUUCUGUGAUAUUGAUGAUUUCUCAAGCUGCAGUUUAUAUGAUUGCGGAAAUUGUUGUUUUGAUAUUGGGAGCCUUGUCCGAUAGGGAUACUUGGCGAUUCAAAAUGGAAACAUUUGUUUUGGUGAUUUUUCAGGUGAUAUUGUUGAUUGUUUUUUCUUUGACUCAAAUUAACAUUUAUGUGACGUUGCUGGAAUUCAUUUUCCCGUCAGGUGCCAUAAUUUCGUCCUAUUCGCUUGUGGACGUUUUGGUGAGUGUGAUCCUUCCAUUGUGUUAUGCCAUUCGUGAGGAUUACAAAAAAUCAUCAUCCUCUUUGGAACCUUCUUCUCAUUCGGAACAGGACUCUCAGAAAGUGACUCCUCUCGAGCUCAUUCUUCACAACAAGAAGAUGUGUUCUCACUUGUUGGAUUUUGCAAGAAAGUCCUACUGUCCAGAAAAUAUUCUUUGUUACAAUGACAUUGAACGAUACGAAACGACGAAUGACGUGGAGUCAAGGAGAAAACUGGCAUUUCAUAUUUUGGAUCAUUACCUCAAUGAAAAUUCACCUCUCGAGUUGAACCUUCCAAAAAAAGACAAAAUGGUUCAACAAUUCAAGACACAUUUGGACACAAACGACAUUCUUGAAAAAACUUUAUUUGUGGAUUUAAAGAAACAUUGUAUCAAUGACAUGCAAGAUAUUUACGAACGAUACAAGGAGAAGCAUCCCAAUCACUUGCAAGAAUUGCAUCCAGGUAGUAACAGAAAAUUAUGGAAAUUAGAUGUUUCUCUUCCAUUGGGAACAAUGAAAUGUGUGGCAAAAACAUGA